GACAGAUUUGAGUCAUACAAAUCCAGCUUCUCCUCUGGCAUCUGGGAUCCAGCUCAGCUGCAGCUCACUCCACCUCGCCAGUGGUCUUCCAGUCCUCUCAGAGCUCAGGCAAGAGAGCUUCGCUCUGAGAGAUGGUGACGACCAAGAACUCUCCAGAAAGCUGCGACGACUGUCACUUUCUAGAUGGGGAGACACCCAAGUCCAAGAAGAAGCUCUGCAGGACAUUAAAGAUCGGGGGACUGAUCUUCGGGAUCGUGGCUCUUUCCCUCACUCUCAUAUUUUUGGGGGGCAAGCACUUCUGGAACCUCGAACCCCAAAAAAUCUAUGAUGUAGAGCACACAUUCUUCAGCAACGGGGAGAAGAAGAAGAUCUUGAUGGAAAUUGACCCUAUCACUAAAACUGAGAUAUUCCGAAGUGGAAAUGGCAGUGACGAGACAUUGGAAAUCCAUGACUUUAAAAAUGGCUACACGGGUAUCUUCUUUGCUGAACUCCAAAAAUGUUUCCUGAAAACCCAGAUCAAAGUAAUUCCUGAUUUCGACGAAACUGAGAUGGAAGACGCUGAGAAUGAUGAAAUCACAACAACCUACUUUGAGCAGUCUAUGGUUUGGAUUCCGGGAGAAAAGCCUAUCGAAAACAAAGACUUCCUGAAAGGCUCCAAAAUCUUUGAAGUCUGCCAGAAUGUGAGCAUCCACUGGAUCCACCCCACCUUACUCACAGCUUCUGAAUUUCAGGACUUUGAGGGAGGAAAUGAAAAUGUCCACUUUCUCACAAACCGAAAAAGUGGAAUCGACCUCAACGAACAGUGGAUGGACCCAGAAGUGAAACCUGGGAAGAAACGCCAGAGCCGACAGCUAGCUGAAGAGGAUCUCCCAGUGAACGACUAUGUAAAUUUGGGGGUUAGACCGAAAAUGGAGUCGAAUUUGACCCCAUGCUGGAUGAAAGAGGUUAUUGUUGUAUUUACUGUCGUCGGGGUAACCGCUAUUGUCGCCGGGUGUGUGAGCCUCUACUGGGCUUCUACCCCUACCCGUACUGCUACCAAGGAGGGAGGGUCAUCUGUCGGGUUAUCAUGCCUUGUAACUGGUGGGUGGCGCGCAUGUUGGGGCGGGUCUAGUGCCAAACUUCGGCACCACGCAAGUAAGCCAAUCCACAAUAUCCACGUGUAAGCCGGCGGAUAUGUGUCUAUGGAACGCUUGGCUACUUGCUCUCUAUGGUUAUCACAUAGUUACCUUCUUCUUACUCUCAUAUAAAUGCAUGCAUCACCAACGGCCUGAUUCUUGCCAAACACUCUUUAUGCAUCGGGGCAGAAAAUCCUCCUUGACCACCUUCUCACCCCCAAAUGGGGCAGAUCUGUCUUAACACGGACGAGUUCAGCGGGACAUCUACAAGAUACGGUGGAGUCUACAACCAGCUGGGGAAAGGAGGGAUGGCAGGCGGGAUUCCCAAAUAUUGCCUUUUAUGAUGCUGUAUAGAGAAUGUGGAAAUGAAAGGCUGAUAAUAAAAUAUCUCUGUAGCUGACUCAUAAAAA